UGGCCAUGUCUGUGUGUUAUGUGGCAAGCAUGAGGCACACAUGCAGUCCUGCUGAAUACAAAGUGAUGGGGGAGUGCUGUCCUAUGUGCAACCCUGGAUAUCAUGUUUAUAGGCACUGCACUGAGUACACCAGCACCACAUGUGCUCCAUGCCCCCAGUCUAGCUACACAGAAGCACACAAUGGGUUGGUGUCCUGUAAGAAGUGUACAGUUUGUGAUUCAACUGCAGGUGUGAGAGUGAAGAAGAACUGCAGCUCCACCUCAGAUACUCUCUGUGAGCCUCUGGAAGGACACUACUGCAUUGACCCAAUCAAAGAUGGCUGCCAAGGAGCAGUGAAACACACAAAGUGUAAACCCGGACAAUACAUCAAACAGAAAGGUACUGCAUCCUCAGAUACUGAAUGCAGUGACUGUGGCAGUAACACAUACUCAGAUGGGUCAUUCACAUCUUGCAGACCACAUACACACCAGCAGCGCCUCUACUUCCUGUGUAAACAGAAGCACACCAGUGCCCCACCACCCAUUAUCACCGCAUUCUACAGGGGGACCAUCCAGAGCAUCUCCAGCUGUAUCACUAGAUACACCAUCUGCAGAGCUCUCACAAUCAUGAACGAUGAGACUCAGCCAGCACACAACCCGUUCAGCCUCCUGGCCUCUGGAAAGAGCAGACUCAUGUUCUACCAGUUCUACCAUAGGCUGGGAAAUCCCAUGCUUUGCACAAUCGUUCUGAUCUGA